UGUUGUGCUUUAUAGUGUUGCUGACUGGUCUUACAGAGACGACUUUGGUCAACUGUUAGAUUUCCCUCCUUGCUGACGAAAUGGACACCCGUGGGACUGGUGUGAGGAAGCAGACGAAAGAUGCAUGUGGAUAAUAAGAUGGUUGCUUUAGCUGUGGCUGUGCUGGUAACAUUGUCAUCGUGUGGAGUCUGCUGUCCUGGGAGCUCAAACACUACAGGACAAAAUCUGUGGGCCAUGAAAGAUCAACCGAUGGAUGUUCAACUCGCUGCAGUGAUCAAGGAGAUGGAGAGUCUAAGGUGUGAGCAGACGACAGUCCAGCAGCAGCACAAAGCACUGAAUCAGAUGCACAGGAUUAAGCAUAAGGAACAAGAUCAAGACCUUGUUGGGACUCAUACUCUAACUUACUUCACUGCUGCGAACGUUUCUGAGGAUGAUGAAGAUGAAGAAGACUCAUAUUUGUCUGAGGAAUUCGAACUGUCCAAAAGACGCGGGGACCCGUGUUUCCACUACACCGUCCUGGACCAGUCCUGGAGAGCGACCAACACCACCACCAAGCAAAAGAUGUGUGACCGCUACAUCAAAUGGAAAGGUUGGUACCGCCUUUUCUACAACGGUAAGAGCCUGCAGAUGCCUGAGAGGUGCAUCCCGGCAAACAAAUGCGGUACCCACUCCCCCCUGUGGCUGGCCGGCCCCCACCCCUCAAGAAGAAACGGAAUUGUCACUCGUAAAGUUUGUGGCAGCUGGAAGAAAAAGUGCUGUGCUUUCCGCUCCACUCCUAUCAAGGUCAAAAAGUGUCGGGGAAAUUAUUACGUCUACAAGUUCACCAAGCCGCAGACCUGUUACCUGGCGUACUGCGCAGAUAUAAACACUCUGACAUGUGGAAGGUGCAGGAGGAACCAGUCUUGCGUGAGCCGAGACAAGAUUAAUUGGAGGUGUAAAACUAAGAGAUUUCCAUCCAGAAAAGUCCACUUCUUCGCCUCAUUUCCUGGUCGUCUGAAGGGCAAAGUGAACCAGAUUAGGUACUCCAAAGUCUUUGUAAACCUGGGUCGCGCCUACGACAGGAGGACAGGAGUUUUCAAGGCUCCCGUCAACGGCCUCUAUCAGUUCUUCUUCUCCUCCCAAAGCGGCUACACCAACGUCAAGACGGAUCUGUGGCUGGUCGUCAAUGGUUACUGGGUGUCUCAGUCUAGAACCCACGUCUCCCGUAUUUCGUCUGUUAACACUUUGUCUUAUUACAUGACGUUCCUGCGCAGAGGGUCCAAGGUUUAUGUCACCCACAACAGCGGCAAGUCCUGGGCCAAUAAAGUGUCCACCACCAUCACCUUUGGAGGCUCCUUGCUAGUCCAGUAUAAAUGAUGAUUAAAUACAUUUUGCUUGGAGUUUUGUAUGGCUGCUUGUCUUCAUGGAGACAUUAUUGCUUUGGUUAGAAUGUUUCACGGUAGAGAUUAAACCUCUUUAUCUCAAGGGCUACAUUACAGGUCAGAUCUGUGGAGAGGCAACCCUAUUCGCAGAAGGAAUGAUUGUAUUUUUAAGCAUAGAAACACCCGUAAUGAAUAAAUGUUAGAUACACGACUGGUCAAAAGUUUUAGAACACCCUAAUUUUUCCAGUCUUUUAUUGCAAUUCAAGUCCAAUGAAGAGCUUGAAAUGGUACAAAGGUAGAGGUUAAAAAAAAAGAUAAAAGAUACAAAACACAAGUCCAAGCUCUGACAAAAUUACCUCAGGAUAAAAGAACAAGAUGGUAAAGCUUGAAAACAUGGAGUGUCCAGCAGCACAGUGUCCAGACUUAAACCCUAUCGAGCUGGUUUGGGAUGAUCUGGACAGAAAAGUGAAAGCCAUGCAACCUACAAGUGCCACACAUUCAUGGAAACUUCUGCAACAAACUUGGGAAGAACUUUCUGAACAAUAUUUGAUUUCUGUUGUAAAAAGAACGAGCCACGAGUGUGUUCAGCUGUUAUAUCUGCCAGAGGUGGACACUUUCAUGAAUCAAAAGUAAAAAACUGGAAAAAGUGUAGAGUUCCAAAAUUUUGAUCGGUAGUGUAGAUGUGUUGAACGUCAUACCAUGGAACAUUCCAAGCAAAGCAAUAACAUCUCCGUGGCAGAACCUCCACCAGAAAAUGUGCGCAAUGCAUCUUUAAAGCUGCACUAUGUAACUUUCUGAUUGUAAGAUUGUGUCUGCGGAGAUCUUAUUGCUUUGCCUGAAAGUUACCACAGUAGCAGUAAGCUUAAUCAGAUCAGUCUGUUUUAUUGCCCAACCUUAAACAUGCGCGUUCUUACCGUGAGUGGGCUCGCCUCUCCACAGAACUAACCUGUAGCUUGGCUUUGGCGCUGUCACUUGUUCAAUGCUAUAACUCCUUGAAUAUAAAUUUCUAUUAAAAGUGCACUAUGUAACUUUCUAGUAUGGCUCUGUUACCAUGAGGUGUUAAUGCUUUAGCUGGAAUGUUCGUCACUAUGGCAUUAAAUGUAACCAGCCUGAAUGUAAUUACAGAGAAAGACGCUUUGAGUGAGGUCCCCGCUUCACAGAUCUGACCUGUAAUUUGACCUUGUAGCGUCACUUCCAUGCUUGUUUCCAUGGAGAGAGAUAUGUUUAAUGUCAUACUGUGGAACCUUCCAGCUAAAGCCAUAACAUCUCCAUGGAAACAAGCAGGUUUACAUCAUCAGAAAAGUUACAUAGUGCACCUUUAAGCUUUUGACUUUUUUUUUCUUGGCUAAUUGUAUUGUAUUAUGAACAACUGCAAUUUGAAAUGAUUAAUUUUUUGGUGAUUUUUUUUACACUGUAUUUUGAUAUGAAUUCAUUAUGAUGUGACUUGAAAUUAUUGAUAUUUUUCUAUAAUGUUUAAGCUUCUGUGUUGUGUGCAUAAUUACAAUUCAAAGAUGCAAAAAUAAGUAAAUAAAUCAAUACGUAUUCACCUUC